UUUAUAAGCUUCCUUGUUGACAAAGAUAUAGAACGUCCGGUUUAUAAAGCCACUUGAAGGAAAUGUUUUUGGCUGACGUUUUCUUGUAAAAAAAUGGUGGAUCGAACCGAACAGCUCCACAGAGCUCUCAAUAAGUUUAUUUAUCAUGUUGAACGAAUGUCAAAUGAAGACGACCCGUCAGGCAAUGGAUUUCACAGAGAAUACAGGGAUCUAAGAGAAUUAGCCAUUAAAAAUAGAGACCAAGUGGCUGCUACACAUGGAAGGAUACAACACAAUAUCAGGAAAAACAGAUAUAAAGAUAUUGUACCUUUUGAUGAUACAAGAGUUACAUUGAAAGAAAUACCUGGAGUACAAGGAUCAGACUACAUCAAUGCUAAUUAUGUACUGGAUGCCCAUCAAAGGGAAGGUUAUAUUGCCUCUCAAGGACCACUACCUCAUACCUUAGAGGACUUUUGGAGAAUGAUAGAAGAACAAAACGUUAAGGUUGUUAUGAUGGCAUGUAGAGAAGUCGAGGCUGGAAAGAAAAAAUGUGCCCAGUAUUGGGUUGAAGAAGGAGCUGAACAUGGUCGCUUCGGAAAUUAUGAAGUAGCAUGUAUCAGAGAAGAGGAAUUAGCCGAUGACUGUACUGAACGCCACCUACAGUUGAUAACUUCUAAUGGUAUACAAGAUGUUUACCAGUAUCACUACACAGGGUGGCCAGAUCAUGGAAUACCUGAUGAUAUUGAUGUUAUUCUGGCAAUGAUAAAACGUAUGCGUGAUAUCAGAACAAAAGAUCCUAACCAUGCUGCUGUUGUUGUUCACUGUAGUGCUGGUUGUGGUAGAACAGGGACUAUUUGUGCAAUAGAUUAUGCCUGGGAAAUACUGAAAAGUGGUCAACUGAGCGAGGAUUUUAAUCUCUAUGAAAUUGUGAAAAGUAUGAGGGAACAAAGGCAGUCCAUGAUUCAGACACCAGAACAGUAUGAGAUGGCACAUUUGGCAGUGAUGGAAUUAUUCAGGAAACACAUUGAGAUUAUGAAUGAAAGUGAAUAUAUGAAUGUAGAAUUGAAAAGAAAUGGUGAUCAGGAUGAAGUAGAGGACAAUAUAGAGGAAGAUGAUAAUUACGCAGAUGCAUCAUCUGAUUUUAAGAAGUUACAAUUGGAUGUGUUAGACACUGUUAGAAUGUAUGACAGUACAGAGGAAUCUCCAGCAACUUCUAGCAGGGAACCAGUUAUUAUAGAAACUAACAAUGAUGUUGUAAAAAAGAUUGAACAUGAACCUGAACCAGAAAAAGAAAUUGAAAAUUUGGUUAAAAAACCUUAUGUAAAUGUGUUUCAAGAAAAUUAUGAAAAUACAACACCUAAGGUUGCAUCGGAGGAUACGGAAAAACCAAAAGAUGAGGUGGAUGCAACUCCAGCUUUAACAGUUCAGCAAAGACGUGCUUCAUUUGAGAAAAAGAAAAACAAAUCUCAUACAGAGUUAGGCCAAAAAUUAAGCAACCCAAAACUUAUUUCUGACUCAGCACCCAAACGUCCUGUGAGCCAAACAAAAUCAGUUCAAAACAAAUCUGAUCAAAGUGUGUUACCAGAAGUAGCCCCUAGAACAACUUUAGUUUCACAGAUUACCCCACCAAGUGGACCUCAAUUUGCCUUUUCUGGAAAACCGCAGCCAUCUGAAGUAUCCUCUUUACCACCAUUACAAAUGAGUGGGCCAAGAUUUGCUGGACCUGUUUCACCACAAUCAUCAGUUGUUGAAAAUAAACCUAAAUUUGUUUCAGUUAUUAAUUGUACGAAAACAGAUUCAACCAUUACACAAGGAAACAAGCCUCAAAAGGGAAUAGGUCAUCAGGGGUCAGUUAAGAGGUUACAAAGUGCUGCAAGUAGUGAAAACUAUGAACUGGCAAAACCUAUUGAAGAACAAAGUAGGAAUUCCUCAAAUCAUGUGACUGUUAAUUCAGAUUCAGUAUAUGCAGUUCCUGAUAAAGGUAAUGGUAAACCCACACAUGUAGUUCCUGAUAAAGGUAAUGGGAAAAGCACACAUGCAGUACAAGAUAGUGUUUAUUCUGAAGUGAACAAAGGCAGUUUAUCAAAACCUGUACCAAAGGACUCUGCAUAUGAAACAAUCACCAUGACGCAAUCAAUUAAAUCAGCACCAAAAGGUAGACAGUAUGAGGAGGUUGUUUUACCUUCAGACGGAUUAUACUCAGCAGUUGGAGAUAAUGAGAAUGAUGCCCCAGCCAUUCCUAAACGAGAAUAUGAUGACCCUGAACCAACACAUGAAACUGUAAAGGCCAGUACAUCCAUGACUGACAAAUUAAAAAGCAAGAUAACUACUACAUUUCAUAGUCGAAAUAGAUCUAUACGUCACGUUAUUCAUGGUACACAUGCGUUUGGGCAUGCUAUCCAAAAGAGAGUUCAAGAGUUCAAUAUAAAUCCAAAGAGUUCAGGUUCAUCAGACAAUGCAGACAGCAAAGCUAGUACUAUUCCAGGUUUUAAUGAGCGUAUAGAGAAGAAAGUAAAAGGACCAAGAACUAUGCCUUGGGCUAAAAAACAUAAGUCUUAAUUGAAUGUUAAGGUGACAAAUUUCCUCAUUCUGCAGGACUGAAAUCCGGCAUCUUUAAGAUAAUUUUGUGUAUCAUUCAUAACUUCAUGGAAUUUUCAUGACUUUGACAAAAAGUGUAAAAUGCUACUAAUUGGCUUAUCGUUUUUUCCUAGAAAAUCAUUCCAUCAUUCCAAUAUUCAGCAGUUGCAAGCAUUUCAUUUUGUCACUCUUGCAAAUGUUCAGAUGUAAUUUUUAAAUAUCAAGUUUGCUCUUUUGAAAAAUUUGAAGACUGAAAAAAAUAUAGUUAGGCACAUUUUUAGUUGAAAGGGAUUUUCCAUCACUUACCAGUUGCUAUACAAGUUUAGUUAAUACUACAUUUUUAUCCUUUUAUGAAUUAUGUUUUAUGGCCCCCAUUUGCCCUUAAACCUGGCCACAACAAUGUCUGAAAUAGGAAAUUCCAUAAAAACUUCACUGUGUAAUUUCUGAAAAAUUGUGUGUAGGAUCAAUAGCUACCAAACUUGGUUAAAGUAAUACAUUUAUGAUCCACAUUUUAAGCUAUAACUCUGGAAACAGGGUUCUUGGACCACAAUGAGAUGUGUUUCUUAAUUCUGAUCAAUUUUUAUUGAAAUAUUUCUGAAUAUCCAGUAAAGGGCUGGCUACGGGUAAAUAGCAUCUGAAGAGUAUCAAUGGUCAUACAUCUAGGGUCGUGAUACAGGCCAUUUAAAGCCUCAUUUUGUAUGCUAGCAAAUAUUGAAGUAUAUUAGCACUAGUAAUUGUAUAAUGGGUUGUUACAGAUCAAUUAGUAUUUUGUUUAAUUUUCCCAACUUUUGAUGGAAUUAUUGCCCAAGCUUGGACUUCAAGAUUUUAUUCCUGGUACUAGUAGUAGGAUUAAUUCUGUACCACAUUGUUUUUUACCAUCUAAAACAAGCUUAAACAGGCUAUAGCCUUUGUUUUUCUAUUAGUUUGAUCACAAAUACCGGUAUUGGAAGGAACUUUAUGGUGUAUAAAUUGCCAUUGCUCCCUAGAAAGAAACUGUAAUUGCUUAUUCCAAUAAAAAUGUAAUUUAGUUAAAUCCAAGUGUAGAGUCAUUUGAAUUUUUUUUUUUUAAAAUUGGUUAUUUUUAUUAACCAUUUCUAUUGCAUAAAAUAGUUUGAUAAGCCUUGAUGUACUCAGAAAUUUACAUAUGGAGAUUAAUCAUAAAUUUAUUGGGUGAAGAUAUUUGAAUGUAGUUUUCCCCAAAAUUAUUAAGCUGUUCAUUUCUAAAAAAAGUGAACAAAUCUCAGGGUGUCUGAUUUAGGAACUACCAAUAGAAUUUUUUACCACUUAAAUGUUUCAGUAGCAACUACAUGUAGAAUGAUAGAAAUAAAAAUUUAUUAAUUUGCCAGGUUUUUUAAUUCAUAUGAAUUUGGAAAUAAAUGUUCCAAACAAUAUUAAUGACUUAAGGAAUCUGCACAAUAAUUCCGAAGAAAAAUAGUUAAAAAGUAGGGUGUUGUUAAUUUAUUUAACUCUGGCUUUGUUUGGUAAAGAACAGACACAUAAGCUAAUACACAAACGUAACAGUAUAGGGUAAUUUAUAAAUAAGUUCAUAUUCACCGUUUAGGAUACUCAUAGAUAUGGCCAUCAAAAGUUAAUUGUUAUGUGUAAAAAUCUUAUGUUUGUUAGAUAAGGAUGUAAUAUUUUGAGAAACUCUAUUUAUAUCUUAGAAAGUGAGUACACAAUUUUGCUUUGAUUUUUCAAAGAUUUACCACAGACAUAUUUUCCAUAUUAGCACUUUUGCCCCCCAAAAAUUCAAAUUUGAAUUUUCAAAGUAUGUUGGGUUAGUUAAAAUUGUAUGGAGCAUGUGCAUUAUCAUGAAUUGAUUCAAGUUUACUUUACAAGACAUGUAUUUUUAGAAAAAGAGGGUAACACAAUUUAUAACUUGCACAUAGAUUUUGCAUAAAGUAAUACUUUUACCUCUGUAGAAUCAAACAAAACAGUCAAAAUCUUUAUAGACAAGUAGUAGUUUCAUUUUCUGUUAAAAUACAUAUUUUUACUAAUGAUCAGCUCAAAUUCUUAUUCAGAAACAUUAUUAAUCAAUUUGCAAUGAUAUUUAUCUAAUUCACCCAUAUAAUGUGAUAUUUUUGUUUUCAUAUUAUACAUUUAUUCUGCCAUUAUUUUUUAUUUUUCAUGCUACCGUGUUAUCAAGCCAUAAUAUUUGAUAAGAUGCUUGCUUUAAUACAAUAUUUGUGUGAUUUUGUAUCUUUGUUCUUGUCUUUAAACAGAUUAAACUUUGUAUUGUGGAGUCCUUAUUAUUCCAGACUAAAUAUAUAUGUUCAAGUUUGUUAAAGUUUAGAUAUACUAGAUAUUGCAUUGAUCUUUAAAUAUGUAAUGUCUCCAUCAAUAACAAGAGAGAAGGCAUGUUUUGGGAUCAGAUUGGUUCAAAUAUUAGACGAACAUCAAAAUUUCUCCCAACAACUAUGAAAGAAGAUUUUGAAUUUUUAGUAAACAUAUUUGAACCAUGUUUCAUCUUUUUAAUUUUUACAAACAGCUAUUUAAAACAGCAGUCUUGUGACUGAUCAACAAAAUAAUAUCUAUUUAAUGAUGUACAUCACAAAUAGAGUCAUUGUAAUGUUUUUAUAAUUACAUUUGUAUUUGGAAAAGCAAUAGAAAAACGGUUAUUGAUUGUUUUUUUUAGAAAAUAGAUUGAUGAAAAAGUAAUUCAUUCUCUACUGCAAAAUUGUAUAAUAUUGCAAUAUCUUAAAUUUAUGCGAAUCUUAAAGCCUUGAUUAAUGAGUUUUCCAUCAGGGUGAUUCUUAUGUUACAGGACCUGUUGACAUGACCAAUUAUGCCCCUUAUUUUCCCUUUUUUAAAAGAAGAGUAAAAAUACUAUAUAAACAAAGAAUGCAUAUAAACAUUAACCUGGAGCCGAUCUCUCUAAUCUAUGUGUUCAUUUUUUUCCUGUAGUAGAAAUGUUAUUCUUGGUUGUGUAUGAGAUUAUUGUCUAUAUUAUGUCAAUUUCUUUCAUUAUUGUGUCACUAUGUUCUAUGUUUAUUAUAUUUAUUGCUGCCAGUGGCGUAGCUACCUAAGGCUCGACUAGGCACGUGCCUAUACAUAAAUUUGCCAAUUAGAGAUUCCCGAUCUAACACUUUAGCAUUCUACACAGAAGACUAGGUUUUCAAUAUGGUGGGCAUUUUUUUUUCUAAAUAAUGUAAAUAUUAAUCAUAUUUUAUUAAACUGGUCACAGAAUCUGACCUGCACACAGAAUAUGAAUAUCCGUGGAUUAAAAUGAAAACAUUUUUUUCUCAAUGUGCUGCUAAACUCUACUUGUUAUUUUCUUUCGAAAUCCGUUUAGAUGCACAUCUUUCUUAAACAACCAUUAUCAAUAACCAAUAAAAUUUGAAGAAUGUCUAGGGCCUUUUACGUCUUCAAUAAUUUGUUCAUUGCUGUUAUAAAUGUGAUCAUUGCUACUAUCUAACAGACAACUUUGUGUGUAUGCGUGUAGUCUAUUUAACGUAUACAAAACUUGCUUAAACCCAACACAUUCUACACAUAUACCUGUCAAUAAUAAUUAAUAAUAGAUUAUUAAAGAUUUAUUUAAUGUCGGUUAUUCAUAUAACCAGAAGUCCAUUACCUUAGAAGUGACAUUCUAAAAAUAACCAAGGAAUUGUAUAUUUAAAAGGAAUGGAAACGUGGCGACUUCAAAGAGAAUUUUAUAAUGCAUCUCUUGUUUCAGGUACUAUGUUAAAAUAAUCACACCCCGUACCUCUAACUGGCUAACUACUUGUGGUUAUCGAACUUGGCCAUUUAGUCGGACGCCGUUUAUCUACAAAUGUAUGCCUUCUGAUUGGCAGACUUUCAAUUUGGGUAUAAAUGUUUUUCCCAAGAAAAUGGUAAUUGCACAAUCUGACAAUCUGGCGAAAGGUGCCUACACUUUAAUACUAGUCUAGCUACGCCCCUGGCUGCUGUGUUUUCAUCAUUGUUAGUUGAAAAAACACAUUAUGCUGAGUUCAUCCAUUUUAUAAUUGUAGUGACUGCAUAUGUUUAUUUAUAAUGCCUUUAAUUUCAUUCUUUUGUUUCUUCUUCCUCUCCUAUAUGUUUUGGUUUAAAACCUGUUUAACAAAGACCUUUAAUUUGACUUUCCCCUAUUAACUAACACAAAACUUGUAUCCCAAACAUCUAUGUUGAUAAAGCAAAACAAAUCUUGUUUAGUAGACUUCAUGUAGGAUGUCAAAUAAGUCAAUUGUUUACCAUGCAGUGUUGGAUAACAUCAUCCAUGUCCAUUACUUCUCACAACAAUCUGGUCAGUUCUUUUGUGUCAGAUUGUAAUAAUUUAAUGACAAUAUUGUUAUUUUAAGCUAAAACAUGACAUUGUAGAUCCAUUGAUAUCAAGUUACUGUUGUCUAACAAUUACUUGGUUAUAGAAAUCUCUGGUUUCUUCUAUCAACAUGAAUUUUCCUUUAAUACUUGACAUUAAGUAUUCUAUAAUCAGAAAAAAAACAACUCAUGAAUGGGAUAAUAUCAUUAAAUUUUACUGUACAGUUAUUCUUACCAUUUGUGUUUUAGCUCACUGAAAACAAAAAACAAAAACUAUUGCUUUCAGUUGGUGUUCAUCAUCCACAACUACUUCUUCCAUAUCACUUUUUUUCUAUUACUAUACCAAAAAGACGACUAUUUGACAUGCCUUUUGGGGUGGGAGGCAUUAAAGCUGUUAUCCUAAUGCUUGUAGUUUAAAGAUUUGGUUGGCUUGCUUGCUUUGUUUGUAUAAAUGUUUGCUCAGGCAUUGUAAUUAAGAUUGGCAUCUGCAAUCAAUAGAAAGGCGGGUCUUCAUACAUUAUUGAUACUUAAAUGUUAUUGGGUGUUAUGUAUAAUGUAAACAAACUGAAGUCCCGCCUAUCUAUUGAUUGUCGAUGUCGAUCUUAAUUACAAUGCUUGAGCAAACAUUUAUAUAAACAAAGCAUGCAAGCCAACCAAACCUUUAAAUUGCUAGCAUUAGGAUAACAGCUUUAAGGGGGAACCCCAUCUAUUAAUUUGUUUGGGAUUUUUAGUUUGAUCCAGAAUCUCAAAGGUAGAGUAAACAUUAUUUAUGAAAAAACUGCAACUGAGCUACUUGUGCUGUAAAGAUGCAUUGAUGUUCUUUUUAUGCAGUCACUGACAAUAUAAAGCCUUAUUUAUGACGCUGAGAUUUUUUCCCAUAGUUUUAUCCAUAACUUGAAAAAAAGUAGGUUUUCUAAAUUUUCACAUCUUCCACUUAAUUCUAUAAUUGUUGAUUGCGAACUUUGUCUCAAAACAGAAAUUUUAAUUGUACUCUGCUCGAAACAAGAUAUUAAUAUUCCUUAAGGCCUCGUAUUCUACCAGUUUCUAAUCCCUGUAGAAAUACUGUUUUCAUUUGAGACAAUGUAAUAUAUACAAUUGCGUGAUAUGUCCAAAUAUUAUUAUUUUUGGAAUUAACUUGAUUUAAAUAGAACCCAUUAGACCUUUCUAUCUAAGCCAGGUAAAUGGUACAGGCUCUUUGGAGCUUAUAGUUUAAAUUCUCAUUAUAUCUGCCAAAUAAAUUAUAACAUUGCUUUAAUGAGUAUGUUCACUUGGUGGAUAUGUUAUUGUGAUUAGUGCUUUCAUUGAAUUGUUCAUUGUUGACCAAUAUAUUGUAUAUACAUACUACAAGUGAUAAUAUUUGUGAUAUGCUAUAUUUUUGUAUACUUUGUAAUUUUAUAUAUUGAUUUAACAUUUACCAUUAAAUAUUUUGUAUGUAUUCUUAGGUAGCAGAUGUAGAGUAUUACUAAUAUUAAAGAAUGAAGUAUACAUUUUUUUAUUUUAACAUUUUGUGGAACAUAAUACUAGUACGAUAUUGACUUUUAAAGAAGUCAGCUGUAUGUUUAAAUUCUUUAAGAUACUUAAAUCUGCCUGACAUUUUGGUUCUUUAGAUGAAAUUACAAAAGAUUGUACAAGCUUAAAGACACGCUUAAAAGACGUUUAUGUGAUAUUCAUUUUUUAAACUAGGGCUCAUGCUGGGAGAAUGCCAAACACUUUGCUCAAGAACCUGAGCAACAACUAUUUUCAGGGGUUCUUAAGAGACCUAUUGUGUGACUUUCAUAAGUGACACUCUAAUAAAAAAAGUGAAAAAAGACCAAAUAAAGUAAGAAGUUGGAGAGCAUUUAGGACCAAAAAUUCCGAAAGGUUUUGCCUAUUAAAUUUAGAGGAUAUUUUUUUUAAAUCAGACUCCAUCACGGUUUCUAAGACUAAGUGACUAAAUUAUUCUUCUUUUGGUUUCUUUUAAGGGCAGACAUUUACAGGUAACUGGAGAUGUCUUGAUUGAUUGUUGACUAGAUUGUUUAAUAAAAGAAAGAAGUUGCCUUUCUACAAGUAAAUAUCUCUAUAACCUUCCACAUUAACACUUGUUAUGCAAUAAAAUGAAGAGCCUACUUUUAAUAACAUUAAUAACAUUCCAAUUACAACAAUUUCCAUAGUUACAUCUUUUUUGUUUGUUUGUUUGGUGGUAUUGCUUUUAUUAUACUGUUUAGACUUAAAUUCAAAUAUUGAAACUUGCAAAUUAUAAAAUAUAAUUUUGAUAUAAUCAUGUUUAUAAAUACCAUGUAUAAAAUCAAAAUUUUGAUAUAACUUUAUACAACUCACAAAUGUACAUUAUAUAAUUUAUGCACUAUAUAUACAUGAUUUGAUAAGUGCUUGUUAUAUCUUUAAUAAAGUUAAUUUUGUUCCUGUU